CCUACCAUGUACAGUGCCGCUGCGAGCAUUGCGUAUACUGUGUGCUGGCUGGCUAGUAGUUCUGCCUGCGUGCGUGUAUAAAUACAAGCGCAUGGCAUUGGCGCUUCUCUGCAGUGUCCUUGCCUGCAUCUAUCUCCGAUCGAUCCAUCACUUUUCCCAGCAGCAGGAGCAGGCCAGCAGCACAGUGCCAACCAUCAUAUAUAGCCUCCUCCAUCCCGGCCUCUCCCUCGUCUCUUCUCUAUAUUGCCGGCUGCAUUACACACAAUAGCUAGCUAGCUAGUCUCACACAACACAACACAACACAAACAGUGGUCUCUCUCGAUUUCGUUCUCGACGGCCUCUGCCGCCUCAAGCAGCAGCUAGCAGAGGAAGGGGUCGGAGAUGCUGGAUGCCAUGGACGCGGCGAGCAUCAUAGGGUACUUCAAGGGCAAGAGCAUCCUCGUCACCGGCGCAACUGGCUUUCUUGGAAAGAUCCUUGUGGAGAAGAUAAUGCGCGUGCAGCCUGAUGUCCACAAGAUCUACCUUCUUGUGCGAGCGAGCGACGAGCCAUCUGCAAAGCAACGCGUCCAGCAAGAGGUGAUAGACACGGAGCUGUUUGGCCUCCUGAGAGAGAAGCAUGGCAAGGGCUUCCAGCAGUUCGUGGAGGAGAAGGUGGUUGCAUUGGCCGGCGACAUCAUCUACGACAACCUGGGCCUGGAGACACUACCCAUGCUGGAGGCGCUUGCCAAGGAGAUCGACGUCAUCGUCAACAUUGCAGCAACCACAAACUUCUACGGAAGAUAUGAUGUCUCCUUGGAUGUGAACGUGAUGGGGGUGAAGCACCUCUGCCACUUCGCCAGGCAGUGCGCCAACCUCAAGAUGCUCAUGCAUGUCUCCACCGCUUUCGUGUCGGGCUUCAGGGAGGGUCUGAUCCUGGAGAAGCCCAUCAACCCCGGCGAGUCGCUGCGUGAGGGCACCUACCUGGACAUCGACGCCGAGCUGCGCCUCGUCAGAGAAGUCAAGAAGGAGCUGGCGGCGAUGAACUCCUCCUCCAGCGACGACGACGACGCCGCCCACACUAAUAAGAAGAAGACGGAGAGGACGGCCAUGAAGGAGCUGGGCCUCCAGCGUGCUCGCCACUUCGGUUGGUCCAACACCUACGUCUUCACCAAGGCCAUGGGCGAGGUGCUCCUCGGGCAGCUCCGGGGCGACAUCCCCGUGGUGAUCAUGCGGCCGAGCAUCAUCACCAGCAUCCGGGAGGACCCGGUGCCGGGGUGGAUGCAGGGCACGCGCACCAUCGACACGCUCAUCAUCGGCUACGCCAAGCAGAACCUCUCCUGCUUCCUCGCCGACCUCAACUUCGUCAUGGACGUCAUCCCGGGGGACAUGGUGGUGAACGCCAUGAUGGCGGCCAUGGUGGCGCACUCGGAGGAGAAGGGCGCGCAGGUGGUGUACCACUCCACCUCGUCGCUGCGCAACCCGGCAACCUACAACGUGCUCUACCAGUCCGGCCGCCGCCACUUCUACGAGAACCCGCGGGUGGGGAAGGACGGCAAGGUCAUCCCAACCAGGGAGAUGUACUUCUUCCCCACCAUCGCGCGCUUCCACCUAUACAUGAUCUUCACGUACAAGAUACCACUAGAGAUUCUGCACUUGGUGAAUCUGCUGCUCUGCGGGUUCUUCUCACGGCUCUAUAACGACCUCAACCGCAAGUACAAGUUUGUGAUGCAUCUUGUUGAUGUCUAUGGCCCCUUCGCCUUCUUCAAAGGAUGCUUCGAUGAUAUGAACUUGGAGCGGCUGAGGCUGACGAUGGCGAUGAAGACCCCCGAAGAUUGCAUGUUCAAUUUCGAUCCCAAGACCAUCGACUGGGAUGAGUACUUCACCAGAAUCCACAUACCUGGUGUUCUCAAGUAUUUGUGCAAGUGAAGCCUACUCUCAAUUUGAUGCAUGCUUCUUCACCUUCUCGCUAUAGAAAAAAGGCACUUAUUCUUAAUUUAUGGAAAACGAAUACCAUCCCGUUUGUUGUACCGCCUGCUCUCUGGACCGGGUGAUGAUCAUCAAGAAAAGAAAAUAAUAAGGCCACUAGAUUGAUACAUAUAUAUAGUUGUAUUGGAGAAGCUCCGUCCGUAUACCUCUAGUAGUGGUCAAACGUGUGCCUGUGUUAGGUGGCGGCCUAUCAUCAUGAGUAUGAACUUGUAAUCUGUUUGCUGAUAUGUAAGUGUCAGUGACCAUGAAAAAGAUCUGUAAUAUCUAUCUUGCAAUGCCAGUGAAAUUGACAAGGAAACUAAAACUAAUAUCAGAAA